UUUCAAACAAGAUGGAAGACAUUUCGUAUUGGGAAUAAGUCUAGGCCUAAUGCAUAUUUACUACAAUUAUAUAAUUUUGUGGCUUUGCUUAUAAAGGUUGGCAGAAAAUAUUAGAGGAACAUGUGACACUACGAGAGUACUUUAACAUGGCAGUUUUGCCAAUUCAAAUCAGCGAGAAUAGACGGCAAAAGCUUUGCACUAUUCUAUGGGUUGUACAUUGGAUGUCUGCCCUGUGUGGAUUGUCUCUCAUCUCGAUUGGACUUUACAUCAAGAUACGCAUACAGGACAAGGUGAAUCUUGUGGAGGGGUACAACGGAAACUCCCUGCCUUGGAUGCUGAUCACCAUCGGCGUCAUCACCACUGUCAUCGACUUGGCUGGGGGACAGCUUUGCCAAAAGGUUGCCGACAUCUCUAGGAGGGAAAGGCUGAGGGCCCUCCUCCUUCCCUACCUCUUUCUCUUCCUCGCGCUCAACGUCUGCAUCUUCGUAGCAGGAUGCAUGUGUUUCUCCCACCGAUUGCAUCUCCAUCAUUCGUUCCACCGUGGACUGAUCAAGGCUAUGAAAAACUACAAGGACAAGGAAGCGGUAAAGCGUGAGAUCAACCAGUUGCAGGUGGAGUUUGAGUGUUGUGGGAACGAGGGCUAUGAAGACUGGUUUGCUUUGCAAUGGAUCGCAGACGAUUACCUGGACAAGACAAACGAGAUUGUACAAAGAAAGAUGACCAGCGGAGGGUUCCUGAGCGACGAUGUCCCGUACAGUUGCUGCAGACACGACCUGCUGCGGCCGUGCAUUCAUCACCACGUCCACGACAACCAAAAACACCGCAACUACGACUAUCGCGAGGGACUGACCCUCCACCAACAAGGGUGCAAGCACGCCCUCAUUGACUACUUCACGAUCAGGCUGAACCGAAUCGGAGCCAUUACAUUGGUGAUUUUCAUCCUGCAAUCUGUCAUCUUCUUGCUGCUACGCUACCUUCAGACAUCUAUCAGAAACGCCUACGAUGCGGACGAUCCGGAAGGCACAGCGCGCGGAUGGCUUCUGGCUAAUGUUCCCUUCGCCAAAUGGCCCGAUCUCAAAGAGGCCGAGGGAGACAUUUCCGUCGCCUCCGACGACAGCUUCGGAAUCGACUUCCAGCCUGAGGGACCAGAUUGGAACGCUGAGGAACCAAUCUACGAAAAUUGGCCAGUGGGGGGUACCUUGGAUGGACUCGACGGGCCGCAGAGAGCAGAAACAGGCGAGCAGUCAAAAGAAAGGAAAUCGCAGAAGAAAUUGAAAUCAGGCAAGAAGUCGAAAUCAGAGAAGAAAUCGAAAUCGGACAAGGAAUCCAAAUCGGACAAGAAGUCGAAAUCUGACGAAAGGUCCAAGUCGGAGAAGUCCAAGCCGGAAAAUAAAUCCGGGUCGAAAGACACGAAAUCUGUUGGGUCAACCAAGAAAUCUCCCGGGUCAACCAAAAAAUCUCCCGGGUCAACCAAGAAAUCUCCCGGGUCAACCAAGAAAUCUCCUGGGUCAGCCAAGAAAUCUGCAGGGACAACCAAGAAAUCUCCUGGGUCAACCAAGAAAUCUCCCGGGUCAACCAAAAAAUCUCCCGGGUCAACCAAGAAAUCUCCCGGGUCAACCAAGAAAUCUCCCGGGUCAACCAAGAAAUCUCCCGGGUCAGCCAAGAAAUCUCCUGGGUCAGCCAAGAAAUCUGCAGGGUCAACCAAGAAAUCUCCUGGGUCAGCCAAGAAAUCUGCAGGGUCAACCAAGAAAUCUCCAGGGUCAACUAAGACGUCACAAAGAUCUGGAAAGAAAGUAUCCGGGUCAACUGGGAAAUCUCCUAGAUCUACAAAGAAAUCACCUGGAUCAACUAAGAAAUCUCUUGGAUCAGCAAAAAAAUCACCUGCAUCAGCUAAGAAAUCGCCUAGAUCUGUGAAAACCAAAUCAGCUUCAACCAAGGUGACAUCUGCAAGAGGCGCCAAGAAGAUGGGCGGGAACAAACCGCGAAUGAAGAAUCGGAACAACAACAUCGACAGCGAUCACUCGUCUUCGAGUGACGAUUCGUCGAGGGAAUCAGAUUGUUCCCUGACUCCGCUACUUCAUGGCCAGUGUAUGCCAAGGGAGGAUCCCUUACAAGGGACAGGGUACCAACCCACUGUAUCAGUGCCUUGGUGGCGUCGAGUUCUUCGAAAAUCGGAAUCGAUUUACAUCGAUAUGGGUGAUAGUGACUGAUGAUGAUCGGUGUUGUAGAUACAGCUUUGUAUAUAACUUUGAACCAGUACUUAAUAUUAGAAAGUUCUUUUAAAAAGAGGGGUUGGGUUUGUUUUUAUACGAGCUGUACACACUUAUGAUCACAAAAUCUCAAUGCAGUUAUCGGAAAGAAGUGGGUUAUUUCACAGGUAGGAAUCAUUACCGAAUUAUUCCACGUACAUUACCUUCCUUUUACAUUGUACUUCAGAGCCACGGAUUUUAACUGCAUAUUUAUCCUUAUUGUUGUGGUAUUUAUUAAUCUAAUACUUUAUUCACAAUGCAUCCAAAGUCCCUUUAGACCUUCCAAACGAUUACAUGUAUGUGCAAUGUCACGUUCACAAGCUUUUUUCUGUAAUUCAAAGAUCCUGGAAUUCGAUUUAAAAAUUGUCAACGGUAAAGUUAAAUCCAAUCAAAGCAUAUAGACAAUGUUAGAUGCCUGCAAAGAAUUUAAAAACCCGGGCAUGCGCAGUUUCUGCCUCUGGUGAAUCUACCCGCGAAGGGGAAAAUUCAGUUUCUGAGAAAUCCGUAAUACUAUGUGACCAUCACAGUUCCCGCAUUACCGAAACUCGAUAACGAUGAAGAAUCGAUACGCUCUGAAUUUCAGAGACAUUAUAAAGGGACACUAAAUACUGUCAGUGGUUAUCAUUUCGAUACUGAUUGUAAUUCUUGUUUCCAGGAUAAUUUGGUAGUCGGAAUUUGUGUUUCUCUAAUUAGUUAUCAAUUAAUUGUUUUUUAGGAGAGAAAUGUCACGAAAUCCAGUGAUAUGUUCGUUGUCACCGUUCAUUGUGGUAUAUUCAUUUUUUUUUCCAAUGAAGUUCUUAUAACGUUCAGCGUUUCCAGAAAUAAUAAACCUGUGUUAUUCCCCCAGCGGGGGUGGUACCUUAGAUAAGAGCAGUGGCGCAACCGGGGUACGUAAUAAUCUCGGCACGGCCACCUCUGGGUCAAACCACUCGCCAUAAGUGUAAUUUUUAAUUACAUACAUCCAUGAUGCGUUAUGUCGUUUUAGCUCAUGACAUUUUGCAAGUGAGCAAAGUCUUCUUCAUAAAUCAGUGCGCAAAUGUUUGGUUCCCAAUUUGAAGAAAAGAAAAACCCCACCCUGUCAUGACCGUAAUAAGCUAAGCUGUUUAAUGUAAAUAUAUAUAAACAAGUGCGCCCUCAUUUGUAGGGCAAAGCAUGGCAAA